GCACUGAGAAGCCUGCGGUACGGACGUCCACAGCGGCCCCAUCACCUGCCACCUGUCACCUCGUGGGGUGUCCGGCACCCGCCUCAGCUCCCCACCAACGUCCCUCCGAAGGACCACCCUUGGCUCCUGCCAGCACUCCGGCCCCGUUCAAGAUGUGCCCUCUUGGUGGCUGGGGUCUGCGAGCUGUUUUCCUCAGCCUGCUCUCCUGCCAAGGGUCUGGCGAGGAGGCGUUUGAGGUGAACAUCUGGUCAGAGGAGGUGGCUGUGGAGCCUGGGGGGUCCUGGACCAUCAACUGUAGCACCAGCUGUGUUCAGCCUUCAACCGGCGGCCUGGAGACCUCCCUGACCAAGAAUUUGCUGAAGGAGCAAACUCAGUGGAAGUUGUACUUGGUCUCCAACGCUUCCCAGGACACCACCGUCCACUGCUACUUCACCUGUGCCGACAAGCAGCAAGCCAAGUGGCUCAACAUCAGCGUGUUCCACCCCCCGAAGCAAGUGCUGCUGAAGCUGCAGCCCAGCUGGGUGGCUGUGGGCAGGCCCUUCACCAUGGAGUGCACGGUGCCCGCCGUGGCACCCCUGAGCAGCCUCACCCUCUCCUUGCUCCGUGGUGAAGAGAUCCUGCACAACCAGACCUUUCAGGAGACAGCGGCGGACCCCCAGAACGUCACAGUCACCCACAACACCACGGCUCAUCGGGAAGACGGCCACCACAACUUCUCCUGCCAGGCGGAGCUGGACCUGCGGCCUCUGCGCAGGGAUGUCAUCCGCAGCGUCUCCAGUCCCCAGACGCUCGAGGUCUACGAGAUCAUUCAGGACAACCAGAUGGUCAUCAUCAUCACAGUUGUAUCGGUGCUGCUGUUCCUGUUCGUGACGUCGGUCCUGCUCUGCUUUGCAUUCGGCCAGCACUGGCGCCAGCAGCGGACGGGUGCCUACGGGGUGCAGGCUGCCUGGAGGAGCCUGAGACGGCCCUACCGGGCGCAGCCUGCAACCUUCUGAAACCUAGCUGGCCCAGGUCCUGGGGCACCCCUAUGCUGAGCAGUCCAGAUGCCAAGCACCCACCCAACGAGUGGCACACGUUGGCCUGACAGGGCAGAAACGCCCAGCUGUCCCGUGUUCCCGCAGGACCUUGGGCCACUCUCAGUGGCUCUGACCUCUCCCCUCCUUUCUCCCAGCAGAGCCAGAAUCCUGGGGUGAAAGUGGGACCCUAAGGGAGCUGGUUCAGAUCCAAGAUCCUCUCAGCCAGUCCUCUCCAUCACUCUGGGUACUCAAAGAGCUGUUUAUUAGGCUAAGCCAAGACCUUGCAGCCCUGGCCUUCUCGCGGGAGGGGUGGGGAGAGGAGGGCAGGGAGAGCGUUGGUUCCCAGCCAAGCCCGCCUCAGUGCAGGCAGGAAAUGGAGGCAGGCUUUCCUGUGACACUGGGCCCCGAUGGUGCUCUAAGGGUCUGUGACUCUAGAGCUGAGCUCAGGCUGUCAAGGUCACAGUGGCUCAGGGGUACCGAGUCCCCUGGGAGGAGAGGGCCAGUGUGGGGGCUGGUGGAGAAGCAGGGCUGUCAGCCAGGGGUGUGGUCAGGACUUGGAGAUCCAGGGCUCAGCUGUGGUGAAGCCGGUGUGGGUCUCAGGACCAGCAUCUGUCCUCACGACAGACUCUCGGCGUCAUAGUAAUCUGUGGGAGACGGCACCAGCUGACGCCCUCGGGUGUCAGUGCACCCCAAGGGAAAGGAGAGCAGAUAGGCCUGCUGUCUGUACAGGUGGCAGCCCGGGUCCCUCCCCUGCCCCCAAUGCUCCCCCAGGGAAUAUGGCUCUCCAGGCCUCCUGGCUGCCCCUAGCCCUGGGCCGCCACCCACCUAGCUCCUACCUGAGGCUGGGGCUACAUCUGCGCCCACAGUCCCUGUGGCACUGGGAGGUGGUGGUGGGGGCACGGCUCUCCUGAGAGGGAGAAGAAAAUAAACAGGCUCCCAUCAGAGG